AGCAUGGAAACUUGGUCAGUGGAACAGGUUUGCGACUGGCUGGUGCAGAAACAUUUAGGAGAACUCGUUCCUAGAUUUCGUGAGGAAGAGGUGAGUGGAACUGCUCUUCUGGCUCUAAACGAUCGGAUGGUUCAGCAGCUGGUAAAGAAAAUUGGCCAUCAGGCCGUCCUCAUGGAUCUGAUUAAGAAAUACAAACACACGGGUGAGGAACUUAAGUCACCUGGAAAGUUCAGCGAACUGAGUUCCCCAAAGGAGCGUGGAGCAGCUCAGGACAGCAGGGAUGAGCAGCUGUGUGUGCCUGUCAGCUCCGUGGUGAGGGAAUUGUCUUUUCUUCCUUCUGAAAGACCAGAUGGUGGACAUAUUGAUCAAAGGGUCCUGAAGCAAAGAAAAAAUGUGAAGCACAUUCUAGCAAAGAACAAGGCUUUACAGUGGACCAGAACCUAUAUUUUGCCUGAGUUUCCCUAUGACGUCAAGUGCAUGUUAAUGGAGCAAAAGUGUCCAGAUCACAGCAUGAGGAUUAGGAUUAUUGAAUUUUUACAGGCAGACAUGACAAAGUACCUAGAAGGAUCCUUGUACCCAACCACCCAACAGUACAACGAUGUUGUCAAUGCCCUGCUGCAGGCCUAUCCGUUCCUAGAUGAAGAGGGGAAUGGCUUUUUUCUAUGGAAACGAGCCCUGAAAGAUCGCUUCAAAUAUGUUCGGAGGCCGAUAGAAGAUGAUGAACAGGUGAUGAGGAACAAGUGUAAAUUUGGCCACAGGAGGGGGCAGACAAGGAAGGUCUUGGCAGAAACGAGCUGUGAUGAAAUCCAGAUUGUUCAGAUAAAAGAAGAAGAGGUUAAUUUAGACUUCGAGGUGGAUGAUCACAUUAACUGGUUUAAGCAAGAAUUUGUGAAAACAGAAAAGAAUUGGCAAGAAGUGGAUGACAGAAUGAGCAGGACCCUGGAAAUACGAAGAAAGAUGAUUAACAACAAAACACCUUUGAAGGAAAUUCUCAAAAUGUUUCCUUUCCUAAAGUGCCCUUAUCAGCUCUUCAGGGAGUUCCAGCUCCUUACACAUACAGAUAUUUAUAAAAAAACAGUAGAGAUUUUGGAGGCCUAUUCAGAAAAUAUACUGACUUUCUUUUCGGUGAGAGAUAAUCCAAUUAAUGUUAUGCUGCAGGAAAAACUGAAACAACACAUGGAUGAAGACAUUCUAAAAUACAUGAAGAUGACAGCUACAUGUCUGCUUCUGCCAGAUGUCUUUGGCGAUAAUCCCAGUCUGUUUGCUGCUGUGAAUGAGGAGGUGCAGGUGCUGACCCCCGUGUUAGCAGUUAAGCACCCCUUCAACAUCCACGCCUGUGAAUUUGCCUUGUACUUAGAAAAAGAAAAGCUGACCCAGUUGGAUGACUGCAUUAUGGCCCUGGCUGCCUUGACAGCUGCAUUUCACGUGUUUGGGAUCCAGUGUCCCAGAGGCUUGCACCACACACUCCACUUCCUGGAGACAUUAAUCUUCGAUAGGCGCAGUCCCAGGACUCCCUCUCCAAAAGAAAAAUCGUUCAGAACGUUAAUUACUGAGCAUUUAUGCCCAUCCUGA